UUCAUGCACCUGCGGGAAGCCAGCCGAUUAUUGCGCUGAAAUUUCGUCUGCAAAAAUUACUUUAAAUGAGUAAUACUUGUGAUAAGAAAACAUAUAUAUUUCAGAAUUUGUAUGUGUUUCAAACAAAGAGAAUUUUGUUAUUGAAAUAACAAGUGGAAUCAUUCUUCUGUGAAUAUAAAACGAGCUUUUGUUGGAAAUAGAAUUGUUAAGCUUUAUAUACUAAGGUAUAAAAGAAAAACCGUCAAGAUGAUGAGAGGAGCUAUGAACCGUAAAAUCCCAAAAGAGAUCAUAGAUCUGUUCGAGAAGUAUAUAGCCAACAAUGUGCGGCAUCUGGACAAAAAAGAUGCAGUCCACAUGUUACAAACAGAAUUUGGACUAGACGAGGACCAAGCAACUACCAUGUUUGAGACCUUUGAUAAAGAUAAGAACGGACAAAUGAGCAUUUGGGAAUUUCAACAGUUUUAUGUAUGCAUGGGCACUCAAACGUCUAAUCCAAUUUGCAGUGCACAUGAAGUUGUGGAAAAAUUCAAAGAAAUAGACGCUGAUGGAAGUGGUAAAAUAGAUCGCAAUGAGGCGGUUGAAGGACUCUUAAAGCUCAAAACUGCAACAGGCCGGCCUCUUGACCCUAAGGAAGUGGACUUUUUCAUUGAAACAACAUCCGAUGAUGAUGGUCAAAUUAAUCUUGGAUCUUUCACGAACUUGCUGUACCGACUGAGAUUGUACAAUGCACCACCACCACCCAAAGACGUGAAGAUAAAGAAUCCAAAAGCCAGUUAAACAUUUUGCGAAAAGCUAAAUAUCUACCAGAUUGUCUUUCGAUUUUACGCCGCUGGGAUGAAGCUUUCGGUUGCAAAUUUCCGUUAAAUAUUUUGAAUUUAACAACGUUACAACCAUUACACUGAAAGAAAAUGAUUAUUCAUGUCUCAGCGUUUAAAAGUAGAAUUUAAAGAGCAAUUAUUCAAAUGUUGGCUUCAAAUAACGUAUUUGCAGAAGGCUUAUAAAAAGAAAAAAAUUACACUUUUUGUAUUCCGAACAACAGACAAAAUGCAGUUGGCUGAAUGCCACACAACAACAAUUAUAAUAGAGGGAAUAAAACAUUUUCAAGUGAUGUUGGCAGUGUUUUUGCUCAAGAAACUGCAGCAGCCAAAUUGCAACCAACACGGUCAUGGGACAUUAAGAUCAGUAUUUCAUUAUGUGCAUACUUCAUACAUCUCUGUUGACAUGUAAUGUUAUUUUUUAAUUCUCGACGCGUUGUUUUUAUAUCAUAUAUUCAUGCAUGUACGUCAUGUAAACAUUCAUAGUUUCGUUUAACGGUUCAUGUAAUCAAAAUAAAUGGAGAAAAAAGAGAAUAAAACUU